GGUGGAAGGGAUCAUGGAUCGAUUCGUCUGGUCUUAAACUUAUAGUUUCUGUUUUCCACAUGAGUAGAGGCUUGUUUUUAUACUUUUAAACACAUUUUUGUGUGUGCUCUUCUAGACGGAUGGCCGGUGAAAGAUUAUCUCAUCCGGAGGACUUGAACGUUCCAGCUGUGGUCACAGUUCGCCUCAUCAGGUCAUUUGAACAAAGAAACUUCAAGCCUGUGGUGUUCCAGGAGGUCAGCCUUAACCAGACCGUGCAGGACUUCAUGCGCUGGGUGAGAGACGAUAUUGCCACAAGGGACGGACUUCCUCCUCCUUUCAGAAAGUAUGGAUACGACACUAUGAAGAUUAUUCAUCAAGCUCACAGUUCAAAGACAAGUGAGUUGGUAAUGAGUUUGGAUGAUGAUGAAAAGUUAAUUUUACAAGAUGACCAAACCCUCAAAGCUGCUGGAGUUGCUAAUGAAACAGAAGUGGGAUUCUUCAGAAAAGAAGAUUAUGUUUUCUAUAAAGCAAACCCCAAAUCAAAAUGCGAACCCCUGAAGCUUACAACUUGGCUGUCCAUCAUCGAGAGAUUGGAAGCAAUCAAGACAUCAAAGGUGUCAAGAAAUGGCUGAGCAAACAUUUUUACGCAGCGCUAUCAGUGAAGUGUUGCCCGAUCUUGCAGAGACUUCAAAAGACAUUCUCCAGGAGACUUUACAGUCAAUUGGAGUAGAAACAUAUGAUGACUUCCAGUUCAUUGUUGAGGAAGACUUGCUGUCAGCAUUAAGACCAAUUCAAGCCAGAAAGGCACUUGCUGCUUGGAAAUUCAGAUGUCAAUCCUGCUUCCAUGCUAAACGAUUCAUGCUGAGUGUGGAUCAACAGAUUGGAAACAACAACAUCUCCUGUUUUAUUUCUGCCCUCUGCAUGAUGUUUGGGAGCUAAUAUUGUUUUAACAUACAUUAUCCAUCGGGGCUGGCGUCUACACUGGAGUUUCUGCAGAGGUGUUUCUUCUCAAUCAACCCAGACAAGGGCAGUAAGGUGGAAGAAACCCAUAAACCCAGACUGCGUGUGAACCCCCGUGUACUCAACUUGAUCCAGGAACUUUCGGAUCAUGAGUGGCGUGAUGUUUGAGAAAGGACUAAAGUCAGUGAGUUAUCAAGACAGUGUUUAAUCUUAACAGAGGUGAAUAGAUUUGUAAAUAUAUGUUGCAUCUCACACCGUGUCUGCUGAAGUUAAAAAAGUUGAAAAGACAUAUUUAUAUUUGUUCAGUGGCUGAAUUUUGCUCAAUGUCAGAAAGGACAAAUGAGAAUUUCGUUGAAAAUAUGUUUUCAAUUAAAAUGUUU